UGUCUGUCGAGCGCAAGUUGCACUAAGAGGAUCGAACAUAACAGAAAACUUUAUGUAAGCGUUCAUGAACGAGAUGUUAUCUUCAUAGAUGUAGUAAAUGGAAUUCCAUACAAGUAUGUCAUUGCAUCAAGUGUGAAACUAGAUUAAUCCAUUCAAGUUACAAAUAUGGAGAAGAGGAGCAGUGCAGAGCUUUUGAAUGUAGAGCAAAACAAUUCCAAAAAUGCCAGUUCUGAUUCUCUCAACUCAGACAGCAAGAGCAGUUCUCUUAAUUCUAAGAUGGGUCAAGAAUCGGAAAGCUGGGAUAAAGCAUCACAUUCCAAAAGUUUUUCCUCAAGCUCUACUUCAACAGAUAAUAAUAUUGUCUCUGCUUUAGAAGCUAAAAAAGACAAUCAAGUAAAAAACUUGUCUGCUGGUGAUACCAGUCCACCACUCUUAAAUGGAGAACGUGUACAAGGUAUUGCCCACGAAGUAACUUACCUGUGUCCUUACUCAGGACCAUCCAGAGGAAUUCUUAGUGUUACGAAUUACAAGCUUCACUUUCGGAGCGUAGAUCGCGAAACGCCUUACAUAGUUGAAGUACCUCUAGGUGUUGUUAGUAGAAUCGAAAAAGUCGGCGGCGCGUCUAACCGACGUGAAAAUUCUUAUGGAAUCGAAGUGUUCUGUAAAGAUAUGCGGAAUCUCAGAUUCGCUCAUAAGCAGGAGAAUCAUUCUAGAAGAGACGUUUUUGAAAAACUCCAACAGUAUUCGUUUCCUUUAUCCUAUAAAUUACCUUUCUUCGCGUUCGAAUAUUCCGAGACGUUCACUGAAAAUGGCUGGAACGUUUACGAACCUAUAGCCGAAUUAAAACGAAUGGGAGUAAACAAUGAUAUGUGGAAGAUCUCGAAAAUCAAUGACACAUAUUCGGUAUGUGAUAGUUAUCCAGCUGCAUGGGCGGUGCCUGCAGCAGCUACCGACGAGGAUUUACAAGCAUCGGCAGCUUUUCGAAGUAGAGGAAGGCUUCCCGUACUUUCGUGGAUCCACCCAGAGAGUCAGGCAACGAUAACUCGUUGUGCUCAACCGUUAGUAGGUGUUGGUGGCAAGCGUAGUCGCGAAGACGAGCGAUACGUCCAACUAAUAAUGGACGCAAAUGCACAAAGUCAUAAACUGUUUAUUAUGGAUGCACGACCAAUGCCUAAUGCGGUGGCGAAUAAAGCCAAGGGCGGUGGUUACGAGAGCGAAGACGCUUAUCAAAAUGCAGAGCUAGUAUUCCUUGAUAUUCAUAAUAUACAUGUGAUGCGGGAGAGUCUUAGGAAAUUAAAAGAAUUGUGUUUUCCAAAAAUUGACGAAGCUAGAUGGUUAUCAGGCAUAGAGUCUACAGUUUGGUUAAAGCACAUUAAAUGCGUACUCGCGGGGGCGCUAAAAAUUGUAGACAAGGUGGAGAAUCAUAAAACAUCGGUGUUGGUGCACUGCUCAGACGGUUGGGACAGAACAGCACAGGUCACAGCUCUUGCCAUGUUAAUGUUAGAUCCGUAUUACAGAACCAUCAAAGGUUUCGAAGUGCUUAUAGAAAAAGAAUGGCUCAGUUUUGGUCACAAAUUCCAACAGAGAAUCGGUCAUGGUGAUGAACAUCAUAGCGACGCGGAUAGAUCGCCAGUGUUUUUGCAGUUCAUAGACUGCGUGUGGCAAAUAAGUCGUCAGUUUCCCAAUGCAUUCGAGUUCAACGAACACUUUCUAAUCACUAUUCUCGAUCACCUAUACUCUUGUCGAUUUGGCACAUUUUUAUUUAACAGCGAACGUGAAAGAGUUCAGGAACAGGUGAAACAGAAAACCGUCUCGUUAUGGUCGUACACCAAUACUCAGUUAUCCCUCUAUCAAAAUCCAUUGUACUGGGCUGCACCAAAUUAUCAGCCUGUUCUAAUGCCGAUUGCCAGUAUGAGAUACAUCAAACCAUGGAAAAGUCUGUAUUGUAGAUGGAAUCCCAGUAUGCGACAGCAGGAUCCCGUUUACCAACGAACGAGAGAACUUCUAGUCUUAAAGGAACAACUCGAGAAACAGCUCGAGGAAGGUCGCCGCGAGCAGGCUAGUCGAGCGAAUCGGUCUAUGACAUCGCCAGCACCACCUAGGAUACAUUCCCCGGUUCACUCAUAGCACGGCAAGGAUUCUUUCUUAUCAUUUAAUGAUCUGUAGUUAUUUGUAAAUGAGCUUCCUCCUCCCGCUCGAGCCAGUGUACAAGAUUGACUAAACUCACUCCGCUAUGUACAAAACGCUCGUUGAUUAAAAAAAAAAGACGUUUACAACUUUUUCUGCAAAUGAUUCUAUGAAUUAGUUCUCCAUCCCAUAUACUAACAGAUAACAAAGUAGAGCGACC